AUGGAUUCCAGUCAGCCACCCACCGAACCAGUUUCCUUCACUUCCAUCGGGGCCCCAGAGCAGGCCGCCGCCACCAUGGAGCCAAGACGAGCAAUCCAGGUAUCCACCCCUGACUUGUUCCACGGAGAUCGUAGCAAGCAUCGAGCUUUUGUCGCACAAGCUGAUCUUUACUACGCCUUCAAUGGACAACUCUUCUUGACACAAAUGCAAAGGAUCUUGUGGUUGAUCUCGUUCUUCCGAGGAACUGCGUUCAAUUGGAUCGAACCUUUCUUCAAUGACCUAAUGACCAAGACAACCGACAGCCAACUCAAUGAAAAUAUGAAACCUGAGACACGCCGCCUCUUCAAUACUUACGAGUCAUUCAGACAAGGAUUCGAUAGGGCUUUCGGGGAAGUUGACCCCGAUCACAUGGCUGAGAGAGCAUUACGACAACUUAAGCAGACAGGAAGAAGGGAAUCACUCAAGAGAGUAGAAAGUUUCCAAAACAUCAGUACCAGAACAGACACUAUGAUGCCGGCGAUCCAAUGGAGUUGGACGGAGCUGAACGCCGCCAUAAACCAAACGGGACUUAGUGUUAAAAAGAAGAAGAAACGCAAGGAAAAUAAUCUAUGCUUCACCUGUGGUAAAGGUGGACAUAUGUCUGGGGAUUGUUCCCAGAAAAAGCCUUUCGCCGCGAAGGGCAAGAAACAAGUAAGAUUUGGAACCAAGAAACAAGUAAGAUUUGGAACCAAGAAACUGGGAUCCCGAGAAGCGGGUGCCCUAGAAGGUAGCUUCAGAGAGAUUGAACAAUUAAUCAUAGAAGUCAACCUGGAGAACCAGGAAGUCAAGGCCCUGAUCGAUUCAGGAGCUAUAGGAAUAUUUAUGGAUCCCGACUUUGCCAAAGAAAAUGGGAUCCCCACCGAGCCAAAAGAGCACCCCUACCAGCUAACGCUGUUGGGAGGCAAGAAGGCCUAA